AUGAUUCAGUGUCGUGGGACAUCAGUCUGGUCGGGAGGCGAGGUGCAUUUCUGGGACUGGGGCACGAGCAAAGGAGGAAAGGAGGGGUCUGCCCUCCCGGAGCUGAUCCCUAAAUCCACCCCAAUUGUUCUUCCAGGGGGUGCCCGGUGUGUUUUCAGCUUGGUGGAAGGCCAUAUACCGUCGCUGCCGCUACCUCGACCCUGGAGUCCCCCGAUCUUUGAUUCAGGUGCCAGUAGUGAGCGUUACGGUACUCCAGGCACUCCGAUUCUCCGCCUCGAGCUGGAUGUGCCAGCAACAUGGAAGGUGCUGGAAGACUUGCCCUUGACCUUGAAGCUUACAUAUUAUGGAGUGUCGGGAGGGGAAUCCCCGCGAUCGAUCACGUUCUCAAUAAGCGAUUUGGAUGCCUGGGGGGUAUUUUCCGCCUACCGGCGUGACCAUAAUACUGGGGAAUGGGAUUCCUGGCUCAGCACCGCUGCGCUUGGGUAUCCUGCGUUUCCAGAAGACGAGAUCCAGUGCAAGGUGGGGACGAGCGCCGCGUUUAUAACUCUGAGGCCCUAUCAGACAUGGUCUGAAGUGUGGGGGCUCGCCUGUGAGAAGUAUCUACCCGAUGAUGCCCUUGAAGGAGAGGUUAUUCGAUACCGGUUUACGGGAUGUAAGCUGACCUGGUGGAAUUGGGGAACAAAGGAGGAUUAUAAGGACACAAGCAUAACAGUAACUGGUCUGGGGGGGGCGAUAAUUCAUCCGCCCAACAACGACGGACGGCCUGAGGUUGUGAUACCACCUUCGAACCUGGUGGAAUUUACAGUUGUGGACCGAGGCUGGGAAGUUUGGAGGUCAUCCUGA